AUGACUAAGAGCGGUAAAAGCAUCAAGAGUGCUAAGAAGAAUGGUCCUUCCUCUUCGAGGAGAGGCCACAUUACGACCUUGGAGGAAGCUUUGGACGCCUCAGAUAAAUACAUCCGAGCCGAAGAGUGGAACAAGACAAAAUCCGGGGCUAGGAAAGCAAAAGGACAAGUGUCCGAAGGCCAAGGGCCAAGGAAAGGGAAGGCGAAAGCCUCGAAACCAUCCUCGGCACCUGAGUCGAAGAAAGAUAGGACCCCCUACACAGGGAGGUACGAUUCUUACACUCCUCUCGCUCUUCCUCAUGCUAAAAUCUAUAGCACAACCAAAAACGAGGGGAGUUUCAAGAAACCAAGGUCACUCCCACCGUGGCAUCAGCAAAAGGGCAAGGAUCGAUGGUGCGAGUUUCAUGAAUCCACUAGGCAUCGCACCGAGGACUGCCUUCAGCUGAAAGAUCAAAUCGAGGAUCUAGUUCAGAAGGGCUACUUGAAAAAGUACCUCGCGGAGUGCCGCGAAGAGAAAAAAGCCGAAAAGGAUCCUCGACAAGAACUUGAUUUCUCUCAGAAAAAGGACAAAUCACAAGGCAAAGAAACUCUUGAUAUCCUUGUCAUUUCCGAGGAAACUUCUCGGAAUGCAGUGAAACGACACUUGAGGGGCUUGACCCAUCAAGUGAAUCACGCAGACAUCCAAGCGCCUCAGUCCCCGGUGUCGAACAUUCUGUUCAUGGCUGAAGACUGUCAGGGGGUGGUAUACCCCCAUGAAGGCCCGUUAGUAAUUGUGACGGGCAUUGCAAAUCACAAUGUCUGGCGAUCUCUCGUCGACGGUGGUAGCGGGGCGAAUAUCCUCUUUCGAGGAGCAUUCGACCAGCUGAGAUUGGAGGCCAAGCACCAAACUCUAGUACCCUACCCGGUAUCCAGAUUCAAUGGCUCUUCAUUAUAUCCCGAUGGGAAGAUUCUUAUUCUUGUCACCAUCGGCAAAGACCGAGCAGCGCAGAACACCAUGGUCGAAGAAUGA